AUCAUGGCCGGAUAACAACAUUGUAUUAUGAUGUCACCAGAAAGUCCCCUAUCCAGCCCUAUCGACGUGGUGCAUUGUGGGCUGGGUUGAUUGCUGAUCCCAGGAAGAGAGAAAGCGGAGCAGGGACGCUCUGGAGCAUCUGGCACUGGCAGACCCAGCAGUGGGUGGCAGGAAUGGAUACCGUGCCACAGUGUGACGUACCUGUUGCUCUUCUUCAGAAUAGGAUCAAAGCUGCUAAGGAUCCGGAAGAGAGGGAAAAGCUUCAGAAAGACCUGGACCAUCUCCUUGAGGUGAGGGAGCUGAUCCGACAGACAGUGCGACAGAUUGUUACUCUGGCCACAGACUCUGGGGAACAGGCUGAGCGUGUACUCACCACCAAGCAAUCGCUCGCGGAGCGGGAAAACUACCGCGCCGCGGUGGAGUAUUUCCGAAUCCGGUGCUUCGACUGGCACAAGCCGGAGUAUGAAUAUGCUCGUCACCAACUGAGUCCUUUCGUCAACUUAUGUGUGGAGCAGGUCCCACUGACACGGAUCAAGGAGGCGAUCGACCAAGUGAGUGAGAAGCUGAAGAGAUGAGGGAUUGGAAGUUCUCACCCUCGGUACAGCAGAGAGAGGGACCUUGGCUCACUGAGGUUGUGCCGACUAUCAACCACCCGUUUACACUACUCCUACGUUAACCCCACUUUGUUUUAUUCUCCCCACAUUCUCACCUACUGCCUCCACCAGAUUCUACCACUCACCUAUAAACAAGAAGCAAUUUAUAGUGGCCAAUUAACCUCCCAACCUGCACGCCUUUGGGAUAAGGGAGGAGAUGGGAGCGCCUGAAGGAAACUCAUGCAGUCACAAGGAAAACAUGCAAACUCCACAAAGCACCUGAGAACAGGAUUGAACUGGGGUUUCUGGUGGUGUGAGGCAGCAGUUCUACUAGCUGAACUACUGCCACCCUUUUCAAAAUGUCUGUACUUCCUAGAACGUGGAAUGUGUGGUGGUUCAAAUACACAGUGCCCUUUUGAUUAUUCUCAGCCCUGAUCAUCCACCCACUCACCACAAUCAGUGGCCCCAUCUCUUUGCAAAAAUGCAUCCAGUUGCCUUCAGUAUGUUGGCCCCAUGACCUAUUUUAUUACUCCACUAACUCUUUGGUGAGCAGGUUUAGCUUGCCUUUCAUUUAAGCACAAGUUCUUUCUUUCUAUAAAUCCAUCUUCCUUGUGAAAAUAUCAGCAAAGCUCAUUCAGGCAAACGGUUCAGUGGUGAAAGCUUCAACUACUUAGAGGUAACUGGGGUGAGACUGGAAAGUAAUCGGUGCCAUUACUACAUCUAACCUCGAAUCUUCCUUCUCAACAGGUGUGGUGUCAUCUUUUUAAAUAUAUUUGAUUCUCAAAAAUUAACCUACUGUAGAAAAUAUUUUUUCUAAUCAUCAUGGGGGCUAAUUUAAUCAGAAGUUGACAAUUGAGCAAUGGUGAGGCUUAGUUUUGUCAUGAUUUUAGUAAUUCCUUACCAAUAAACCAGGUGUGCUGCAUUCAUGCACAUACCAUCUUGUAGGUGAGAUUUAUACUGAGACCUUCCAGACUGUUGCAGUAUGUUAUAUGAAAGACCCCAUGCAUAAAUAUGAAGAUGAAUGUGGAUUCGUGGCCAGCAUUUUACUGGUAAAGACUGAUAAAGGUCCACCUGUUGUUUAGGAUCAUGCUGUGUGCAAACAUUCCUAAUUGUAACUACGUUUCAGAAGUAAUUGGCUGGGAAGGCCUUUGGGACAGUAUCCAAGAAAUGAAUGGUGUCAAAUACAUUUAAACUUAUAUUUCUUAUCAUUGCUUUAAUUUUAGGUAAAUGAAAUGAUUGUCAUUGUUCUGAUUGAAUUUAUCAGGUUUUUAUUUGUUCUGUGUGUAAGAAUUCUAUUUAUUGCCCUUCUGAUCACAUUACGUUUUCAAAAAUUAAAGUUUUCCAAUACCUAGUGUAAACUCUUGUGUUCCACUUUCUAUUGUUCUCAAUAAAAGAGUCGGAAUAAGAA